AUGGGGCAAGCAAUCCAUGUCGACCCGAAUGAGAAGCGGGGCCAUUUCGACGUCCGCUAUCAGUAUCGGGGUGUUAUGGAAGCCGUGAAGCGUGGCAUCCCGUCAUGGGUCGUCUCGCCAAGCUUCGGAUUCUUGCAUGCCGUCAUGCAGUUCGUCGGGUGGACAGACAAAUACGGGCGGGCGGGCGUGUUGGCGUCGCAGCCCGCCAGAACCCUCCGUUUCGUUGUUCAAGAAUAG